AUGGUCAUCGGCAACGUCUCGCCGGCCCCCGACGCGUCCUCCAAGAAGUCCCCAGCGCCCGCGAAGUGGACCCCAGUCGCCGCUCCCAAGUGCCUGGUCUGCGAGAAGAGCGUGUACGAGAAUGAGAAACUCACAGCCGAUGGGAAAGUCUGGCACAAGACGUGCUUCCGGUGCGGACACUGCCGGAAGGUCCUUAGCCUGGGGAACUACGCGGCGGUCAGCGACAAGGUCUUCUGUAAGCCGCACUUCAAGCAGCUCUUCGCGGAGGGCGGCGGGUCCUACGCGAGCAUGACGGGCGAGACCGACCCGAAGAAGGCGUGGGCACCCAAGACGGCGGACGCGACGAUCGGGAGCACGGGCUCAUCCGGAGCGGCGGCCGCGACGGCGCCGUCGGUGAAGGCGCUGACGGGCAAGUUCGGCGGGGUGAGAGUAUCGUCCAAGUGCCCCGCGUGCGAUAAGACCGCGUACGCCGCCGAGGCUGUCGACGUGGACGGCGCCAAGUACCACAGACACUGCCUCCGGUGCCGCGAGUGCUCGUGCUCGCUCUCGCUGACCACCAUGGUGCAGUGCGAGGGACGCCUGUGGUGCGCGCGCGACGCCCCGCGCAACAGGAACACCAAACACAUGGACGGUAACUCGAUGGAGAUACGGGGCGCGGUGGAGGCGCAGAAGCUGGCGCACGACGCGAUGUCCUCGCCGGACGCCGUGGCGAGGUACUCGACGUCGUCGUCUUCAUCCGUGCCCGUGAGGGGGGAUCCACCGCCGGCGCCGAUCGAGAGCGCUCCGGAGCGGCGGUUAAGCGCGGACGUUCCCCUUUAG